GGAAUGUACCUGUAGAUUUCACUGAUCUGCAGAUUCUACAGUUAUCCCAUGGGAAACAUCAGGAUUCUGAAUGUGACACAUUUCCCUCAGAUAAGAUGUCAUUCACAUUGCAAUACAUGUUGCAGACUGAAACCAGACAGCUUAAAAGCUUGGAAAGCAGUAAGUUUAUGAAGAAAACAGAACGAGAAAUGCAUCUGGAAACUUCUGCAGGAGAAAGGCAGCGCAAUUGGCUUAAUGACGACAGCACUUCAAUGCCCACUAAGAAAAGGUUUUCUACUCUAUUAAUUCACAGUGUAAAAACACAAAACAAUACAUUGACAAAACCAUAUAAAUGCAUCACAUGUGAUAAACGUUUUAGACAGAAAAGUGCUGUUAUAAUUCAUCAGCGUAUCCACACUGAGCAGAAACCUUAUAAAUGUACCACGUGUGAGAAUCAUUUUAGGCACAAAAGCAGUCUAGUAAUUCAUCAGCGUAUCCACACUGGGCAAAAACCCUAUAAAUGUGCCACAUGUGAGAAAAGUUUUAGACAGCAAAGCUCUAUUAUAAGUCAUCAGCUUAUCCACACUGAGCAGAAACCUUAUAAAUGCACCGCAUGUGAUAAAAGUUUUAGACAGAAAAGCGCUCUUAUAAUUCAUCAGCAUGUCCACACUGAGCAGAAACAAUAUAAAUGUACCACAUGUGACAAAAGUUUUAGGUCUAAAAGUAGUCUGGUAAGGCAUCAGCAUAUCCACACUGAGCAGAAACCUUAUAAAUGUACCACAUGUGAGAAGAAUUUUGGGCAGAAAAGCAAUCUGGUAGUUCAUCAACGUAUCCACACUGGGCAAAAACCCUAUAAAUGUGCCACAUGUGAGAAGAGUUUUAGACAGCAAAGCUCUAUUAUAAGUCAUCAUCGUAUCCACACUGAGCAGACACCAUAUAAAUGCACCACAUGUGAUAAAAGUUUUAGACAGAAAAACACUCUUAUAAAUCAUCAGCAUAUCCACACUGAGCAGAAACAAUAUAAAUGUACCACAUGUGACAAACGUUUUAGGUCUAAAAGUAGUCUGGUAAGGCAUCAGCAUAUCCACACUGAGCAGAAACACUAUAAAUGUACCACGUGUGAGAAGAAUUUUGGGCACAAAAGCAGUCUGGUAGUUCAUCAACGUAUCCACACUGGGCAAAAACCCUAUAAAUGUGUCACAUGUGAGAAGAGGUUCAGAGCAAAAAGCACUCUUGUAAGUCAUCAGCGUAUCGACACUGAGCAGAAACCCUAUAAAUGUGCCACAUGUGACAAGAGUUUUAGGUACAAAAACAAUCUGGUAAGGCAUCAGCGUAUCCACACUGAGCAGAAACCUUAUAAAUGUACCACGUGUGAGAAGAAUUUUGGGCAGAAAAGCAAUCUGGUAGUUCAUCAACAUAUCCACACUGGGCAAAAUCCCUAUAAAUGUGCCACAUGUGAGAAUAGUUUUAGACAGCAAAUCUCUAUUAUAAGUCAUCAUCGUAUCCACACUGAGCAGACACCAUAUAAAUGCACCAUAUGUGAUAAACGUUUUAGACAGAAAGGCACUCUUAUAAAUCAUCAGCAUAUCCGCACUGAGUAGAAACAACAUAAAUGUACCACAUGUGACAAGAGCUAUAGAUAUAAAAAUAGUCUGGUAAGGCAUCAGCAUAUCCACACUGAGCAGAAACCUUAUAAAUGUACCACGUGUGAGAAGAAUUUUGGGCAUAAAAGCAGUCUGGUAGUUCAUCAACGUAUCCACACUGGGCAAAAACCCUAUAAAUGUGCCACAUGUGAGAAGAGGUUCAGAGCGAAAAGCACUCUUGUAAGUCAUCAGCGUAUCCACACUGAGCAGAAACCCUAUAACUGUACCACAUGUGACAAGAGUUUUAGGUACAAAAACAAUCUGGUAAAGCAUCAGCAUAUUCACACUGAUCAGAAAUCCUAUAAAUGUACCAUGUGUGAGAAGCAUUUUAAGCACACACACACACAGUCUGGUUAUUCAUCAAUGUAUCCACACUGGGUAAAAACCCUAUAAAUGUGCCACAUGUGACAAGACUUUUACACAGAAGAGUCACAUGUUAAGUCACCAACUUCUCCACACUGGACAGAAACUAUAC